AGCAUGUGUUUCCAGGAGUGUCGUGACGCCACAACGCAGUACGUAACACCGAGACGCGGAACAAAGGCUCCACUGCCCAACAAGUUGACACACGCCGCGCCUCACACCUACCCCCUUGCGCACCGAGUUACUCAGGGUCACCUGGUCUCUAGUGCCCUGACCUUGCUCGCUGCACCACGCGAAGGUCACCAGCAGUGUCACCGCCCACGCCACCUCCUCCUCCUCCUCUCCCUCCUCCGCCAUGACGUCAUAGGCAAGGCACGGCAGCAGCAGCAGCAGGCCGGUGCGAGGCGCUGGAGGGGCGUGGUGUGGGCUGGCCUUGAAAAAUCUCCGGCCGGCGACGCAGAAGGAAAUAUUUACGGAAUCCAGGCCGCUGGAAGAUGCUCCCGGCGGGCCAAGUCGCUCCGCCCCGCCGGCAUUCCAAGAGGCUGACUUAACUCAGGGAGGCGAGGCAGCGCAACGGCCGUUGGAGCUCACAGUGAUGUGGCGAAGGCCGGGGAGCACACGCCGCCGCGAGUAAGGUCAGGCGAGGUCCCCGACCCACCGCGACUGUCCGCGUCCCGUUAAGACCCAGUGACAUAACAUGACGGAGACCUCGGCUCCCGACGCAGUCAUUUCCGGUUGUACUGCUCGCUGUGCUCACCAGCCGCUGUUUCCGGCGAGUGAGUCUCCACGACACAGGUGUGAGGCAAUGGUGAGUAAUAGGGAUGAGUGAGUGUGUGGGUGAGUAAGAGGAGGCCUCAGUUAGUGGCUGAGGCUGGGAGCGUGAGGCCGUGGCGGAGCACGCUCGGACAUGGCGCCACACGCUGCCGCCCGUCCAGAGUCCUGCUGCUGACGGGGCGCCGCCGCAGUGAUCGUCGGGACCCCGCUCGCUACGCUCCGUCUUCUGCCCAGUGUUGCGUGUGUUGACGCGCCGCCGCGAGUGAUGAGGGUGAUGACAGUGACCGAGCUUUUUUGCGAGUCAGCGUGCCCAGUGUUGCAUUGGGGCGGAAAAAGUGUACUCACACACACUGAGAAAGAUUUUUUUCGCUCGCGCUUGAGCAGAGAUCCAUGGUGACAGUGUGUUCGUACAUCACGUGAGUUUCAGUGGGAACUGAUGGCUUACGCGCCGCCGCCACGUGCUCUGCCAGUGCGUGGCCCUCGUGAUAAGUGAAGCCACAGGACCGUAAAGCAACGCAGGUGAGAGGAGCGGCGAACGUACGAACCCCCUCCUGGUCUGCCGCCCUCUGCUGCCUUCAGCCUCGCUAGGCCGUGUGAGUCAGGUACUUCUCGCUGUCAAGCGCGCGUGGGCGUGGGGUGUACGCGUUGGAGGGGCCUCCCCGACCCGCAUCAGAGCUGUACCCGGGGCCAAGUGUGACCAGCAGGCAGGAUGACCGUCGCUGUGGCCGCUUCACUGACCGACCUGCCGCUCUCCCUUGCCCUAUUACUCGGCAUGGAUGACACCCCCGACGCCCCGAUGCGUCACCCUCACCCUCCCCCCUACACUCCUCGGACAACGGCCACCGCCACCACCCAUGUGCCGCAGAUGCUACACACCCUAAACACCCCCACGCACUCUCCAAGGACGACCAGCGACCCCCUCACUCAGCAAACUCUCCCUAGAACAACGUUUGACACCAGCAUCUCCCAUCACCAGCCCUCCACCUCUUUUGAAAGUAACCCAGUGGCCAGCGACCCCUUGGGUUCCUCCUGGGAAGGGGUUUCUCCUGACCCUUCUCUCACACCCUCGCUCAGUUUAUACGGGUCCCCCAGCCUCCCAAUCCCCUCUCCCCACCCAAGCUUGGCGCCAGCGGUCACCACAUACCCAAGUCACACAGAAGGAGUCUCACACAGUGUCAGCGUAACUCUAGCCGAGUUAACGUUGGCCACUUCACAAAGUGUUCAGACUCAGAGCGAUUACAGCAGCGCCUACACCGAGGCUGGCUACUGCCAAGUAGCAAGCCCCUCGCUAGCCCUGCUGGUGGGCGAAGACCAGCAAGGCUCCACCGACUGGUCCACCAUCAGCGGCGCCACUGUGGGUCUGGAAGGAUGGGGCGUGGAUCCGCAGCCCCCCGUAUGGCCCACCCCUGUAACCAAUGUCACUGCACCCAGUGACCCCGGAACGACGUGGGUGUGGCCCAGCCAGUCCGCGGAGCCUGACAACCUCUGGCACCUUCAGGCACCGCCCGUGUGUUCGCCUCCUCGAGAGCACGCCGCCCUUAGCCCUGCUAGUAGAGAAGUUUCUUUGGGGUUCCUACACGGUAAUGGCGCUCCCCACGGCCGACGCUCUGCUUCCCGCUCGCCACUCAGCCCACCGGGUGCUGCCUCAACCCCCUCACCCCGAGGGGACCUCCCGCCCCGCUCUCCGCUCGCCCUACCAUGCUCGCCACAAGACACGCGUUCAGCUGCUGCAGACCGGCGCCGCUGGAGAAGACGACAGCACCAACAACAGCAAGACCAGCAAAAAUUUCAGCAGAAGGGUGAUGAGGAGGGUGUGUGGUGGGGGUGUGGCAGCGGGCGGCGGUGGUCGGGGCAGCCCCGCCGCUCACACAGUCUGGUCCCCAUGGAGAGUGCGGGAGGAGCGCGGCCGGUGGAGAGUGGAGCCCCCAGCCCCUCUAAAUGUAGUUCCCCCGGUGACCACACCCCACACGCUGCAGAGCAACAUACGUCACGAGACGAAGGUCAAGACGACGACGAGGACGACGAUACAGAGCCGAGCCGAGUCUGCGUCCCGCCAGAUCCGCGCGUGUGGGAGUCGGAGGACAUCAGCGCGUGGCUCAAGUGGAUCAUGAAGGAGUUCAACCUGAGGAAAGAGGUGGAUCGCAAGGUGCUACCGGACACAGGUCGUGAGAUGUGUCGGCUUUCUCGGCGUCGUCUGCAGCGGUUAGUUGGGCGGCGCGUUGGUCGGGUCUUGGCGGAGCACCUCGACAUUUGCCUCCAGCGGUUCGGCAAGCGACACCCGACAUCCCCAGACCCCAACGCAGACCCUUCAACGACCCUCCCCUCCGAUGAGUCUUCCGAGGAGGAGGAAGAAGAGGACGACGAUGUGGACCCGUACGAACUCCUGGGUCCUCGGUCCUCGCGAUUAGCGGCGCAGGGCUCCGGCCAGAUCCAGCUGUGGCAGUUCCUCCUGGAGCUGCUCUCUGACCCCGCCAACGCUGCCGUCAUCACCUGGGAAGGCACGGCCGGGGAGUUCAAGAUCCUGGACCCUGACGAGGUGGCGCGGCGCUGGGGCGAGAGGAAGUCCAAGCCCAACAUGAACUACGAUAAGCUCUCCCGCGCUCUCCGGUACUACUACGACAAGAACAUCAUGACAAAAGUGCACGGCAAGCGUUACGCCUACAAGUUCGACUUCCGCGGCCUGGACCAGGUGCGGCAGCAGCAGACGGCUGAGGCGCAGCGCUACCCAGCCGACCUCAGCUUCCUCACCGGCUACUCCCAGCUGCUGGGCGGCGCCUCCCUGGGUGCAGGGACGCUGGCGCCGUCCCCUCCUCACCCGCCGCCGCCCCUGCUCUCCCCUCCCCCAUACUGGGCCGCCGUGUCUUCCGCCGCCGCCCUGGCAACCUCCUCGCCGCUGGCCACCUCUUCCCCUCUGGCCACUUCCCACCUGGCCACCUCACCGCCUCUGGGACUACACGCCGCGCCGCUCACCUCGCCCCUCAGCUCCCCGCAGCCUGACACCCCCACCACAACCACGGCCUCCGCCCCAAGGACGCUGCCUCACUACCCAUAUUCAUGAACCCUGCACGGGGAGUGGGGCGAACCGGUCCCCGCCCGCCUCAAGCAGGACCUACUGGACUACCUGCUGCUAAUGCGUCUCCUCUCGCCCCCGGAGGCCCUCAGACCCUGGGCGCCUGCUGCUGGAUCUUCAGGUAGACAAACAAGUCACCUGGGGCGUCCUGGGUAACCUGCCGGCGUGGGUAAGGCUGAGGGACUCCUCGUAGAGAUGUAUGAGCCCUGUUCCUUGUGUCUGCGCAGCGCCGCGGGGCCGAGCGAGAUACUCUAAUUACUCUUUCUCGUCGAUCAGACACACGAAUGUUCCUGAAAACUUCACCUCGAAUACAAAUAACUGUCGCAGGCAAGACAGGUGACUAAACAUAGUUAUGGCAGUAAAAACAAACACCAGACACAGGAUUAGCCAAAAAACACUAAAAACACGCCCUUCACACCAAGCUGGUGUCACCACCACCCAGACACUGCUCCAACACCGUCAGUAAAACAUAGUACAAGAAAAUAAGCAAACCUCUUCCUUAGUCAUUUAUUUCCUCGUCUAUUCCAUACCUUUCCAUACCCCACACUCCCCCCACGUGCCAAAUAACCUCUUCCCUCCACACCAUCCAUCUCCCCAUAAAUACAUCCACUACUUCCCACCCAUUCACAAUCAGGCAGACCAGCCAUACAGAGAUGCAGGACUAACCUCACAAAUACUCAAAGUAGCAGCCAAAUUCUCACUCGCGCUGCGGCGCGCAACACACGUGUGAUGUAUGUCGAAACAGCAAUCAGACCUCGAAAACGAUGCCUGUGAGGGCCUUGGGCAGGGGCUAUGUUGUAGCAGCAGGGAUCAACCUCUUUUUUGAUGGGAUAUGUUCGUGAAACUUGUUACAAGAGUUCGAAAUAGAAAGGGAAUUGUUGUGUGCCGAAGAGAACACACAAGCCUAUACAGUACCUGUCGAGCGUCAUUAGUUGGGCUUGGAGCUGCAGUGUUGCUUGCAUUAGAGCAUAAACUACUCUUGUUUAAGGUUGCCACAACUCUACAGGCGUAUUCUCUCCUUAGUGGCGUUUACUAAUUUAAGUAUCUUGUUUUAUUUAGUAAUAGUUUUCCAUUUAUUUACUGCAAGCUGCCACCUUUGGCCCCCGCAACAACCGCGCCCCGCCCCGCCCCAAGCCCCAGUUUCGCCUGCACGCGGCCAUCACAUAUCAGCCAACAUUCCCUGCAGACGGUCUCUUUCUGGUCCGCAAAGUGAUCAACAGCUUCGUGGUCAGUUCCCUGAACACCACGAAGCAUUCAUUCCUCAGUGUAUUAUUUGUAACUGUUUCCACAGUGUGUUGUUAUACAGUAUUAUAUAGGUGACUAGGUCUUCUAAUUAGCUUUAGUAGUUUGCUAUUGCCAUUAGCAGCCCGAUUACCUGCGUGAUGAGGCAAUUAGCCAUGACGGUGAGGUACUGCAAUGAUAAUGAUAGUAACGAAAGUUAGUGCAUAGUUUUCUCCUAGGGAAAAAUAAUACGUAAUGUGUGAAACCUCGUACCUCUGAAAAGCUAGUGUUCCCGAUAACAAGUUUCUGAGUAAGUGCCCGAGACGGAAUCACUUAGUCAGGGGCAUGGAAGCAUCAGAAAGACAUUAGUUAUAGCCAUGUCAACUGUGAAAAAUAGCACAAGUAGAAAAUUUUGUAAAAGUAGUUUGUCCUUAAGCUGUGCCACAGUAAGGGAAGCCCAAGAUGGACGGAGUGUCUGUCUACGAAGCCCGCGCCUCUGCCCUGUGUGGAUGAACGUGUGUGUGUGUGUGUGUGUGUGUGUGUGUGUGUGUGUGUGUGUAGCCUACCUAUUGGAUCAGUGACUUGCCCCGCCCCGCGCCCAUCUUCACCACUGUCCUCAAAGCUCCUCAAGUGACGGUAAAAGAAAUUCCAUUCCUGUGUGAAAAGUGUCUCGCAUCCAACAUGACCUGUUUGGUAUACUCUGAAUGUUUCGUUUAGGUUUUAGAGCUUCUCAUAACGACUGUGUCAAACUUGUCAUACAUUUUAAUGAAGUUGUAAGGCUCAGCAUAGUGUGCUGUAUAACCCCCUUGCAAGUUUAAUUCACAAUCUCCAUUUAUCGAUGUCGCACCCAAACCUUUACUCGACUUUUAUAUUAUAUUUUUCCUGCGAGUAUCCCACCGAUCCACCGACAACUUCGACGCUCACGGAGGCAGGUGGUCUGGGCCAAGGUCUGGGCCACGUCUGCCUGCCCCCCGCCAUGCGCUGCUUCCCCUGACUUGUAGGACGCUCAGGUCUCGUGACAGACAAGUGAGUGCACGUCGGAGCACAAAGUAUGAAAUGUUUUCUUCUCUUUUUCUCUCCUUCAGGUCCUCGUCUAUUCUUCUUUUCCUCCUCCUCCUCCUCCUCCUCCUCCUCCCCAUUUAUAAUUUUAGACUUAGACGUUCUAGUAUGCAAAAUGCUGCAACAGAGCCCGUGAACGCGAUGCCAUAUUUAAAAUAUUUUUUCCCAACCCCGCCUAACUUUCGUCAGCGACGUUUCCUACACACCAUAAAUAUUGUUAUGUAAGCAUGGGUAUAAAGCUGACUGAUAUCACAAAUAAAAAAAGGCUUUUAAAAGAAAAAUCACAUUGCCAAUGCGAUUUCGUUUAAAACGCAUUACGCGCAUAUAUAUGAAAUGAAUGUCAAUAACGUCGCAUGUAUUGCUGGCUCACUGACCACUCCCUCACUCAAGUCUUCAUGGUGAGCUAAAAUUAAAACACAUUCACGAAUAUCUUUUUAUUCGGUAAGGCCCAGGCAUGGAACAGUACCUGAAGUUUACCUGAAUUAAUUAGCAUUCAACGCGCGCGCGCACACACACACACACACACACACACACACACACACACACACACACACACACACGGCUCCCCCCAUGGGCUCCCCCGGGGAUUCCACAACACUGAUCUCAAGCGUCCCAUAGAUGAGGACGCAAUGCCGACGCAGAGGCUUGCAUGUUUAGAUGUAGGAGACACUAACACUAACUAACUCUCUCUCUCUCUCUCUCUCUCUCUCUCUCUCUCUCUCUCUCUCUCUCUCUCUCUCUCUCUCUCUCUCAUCAGUAAGACAAACCCUAAGUGAUGUCUUCCACCACGCAUCAACUCUUCUCCACUUUCUUCGUGCAGCAGAAGAAAGUGGGUGACAGAAUAGCGUGUCCGUGUGAGCCUCGUCAUUAUCGCCGAGAAGGCGAACGAUAAUGAAAUCGUCGUCGUCCGUAUCUUUUUGCGUUCUUCUGUUGGCUUGUCUGUCUUUGUUUACUUGUUUGUUACCAAAAUAUCUAAAGAACGGAUUAACAAAGUUUCACUAAAUUCAUUUGAAGACAUCAUUAGAUGACCAGCUCAAGCUGCUUGAAAUUUGGGGGAAAAAAAUCCGAUUAAAACUACUGAAUGCUGGCGGCCAUCAUCAAAUCAGAGUUUAGCAGAUUAGGCGGGCGAUACGUAUUCGUGGAAUGCCCUGUUUAUUUAUUGUGAUGUUUCACCUAGUUGUAUUUUCUUUAAAAAAAUCUUUCUUUUUCCUCCUCUUCGUGCCCCGCCCGCUCAUCUUCCUCCUUUUCCCUCUUCUCCACCUCUCUUCUACUUUUCAUUCUUACAUAAAACUGAUUUAUUUCUAGGGAAUAACUAAGAGAAUAAGUUACAUUUCCUCUCUCUCUCUCUCUCUCUCUCUCUCUCUCUCUCUCUCUCUCUCUCUCUCUCUCUCUCUCUCUCUCUCUCUCUCUCUUCUUGUUUAGUUAAGGCGCUUGUUAAGCUACGUCCUGUAGAUUGUACAUAAACUGUAGAGCUGAGGUAGCGGGUAGUACGUCGCAGCGCUUUCAUGCAUUAUACUGGUGUGUAUAUUAGUUAUGUAAGAAUUCUCUCUCUCUCUCUCUCUCUCUCUCUCUCUCUCUCUCUCUCUCUCUCUCUCUCUCUCUCUGCUAAUUGGUUCAGGACAUACCGUUUGUGCAACAGCCUUCUAUCUCCACCUUGUAUUGAGAGCCUUCCGGCUUACUCACUCCCAAUAAAACGUUUUCAAUGUAUAAAAUAAUUUGUUUUCCAGAGGCAAAUAUUAUUUUUUGCACAACAUGCAUGAGCUGUUCUACAGAGAGGAUAAGCAGAUCCACUGGAACAGUGUGGAAUACUGAUGCAAAUGUCAGAGCGUGUGAAAGCUUCGGGCUUAAAGAAGCAAUCAACUUGUUUAUGUGGCGGCGACCAGACUGUUUGCCUAUUGCUGUUUUGUUAUAGUUUUCGCUCAUGUUCACGUUUUCGUUCGUAUUGAUUUUGUCUCAUUCCCGUGUGGCGGGGAGGCUGCCGCACGGGGCAUUGGGGUCGGGCGGAGUGGGCGGGGCGGAGGGGGAGAAGGGGAGAGCAAAGGGGGGCUGAAGAUGGCUGCUGGCCUUCUAGCAGCAUCAAUAAUGAUGAUGAGAAUGAUAAUAAUAAUAAUAAUAAUAAUAAUAAUAAUAAUAAUAAUAAUAAUAAUAAUAAUAAUAAUCAUUACAAUAAUAAUAACAAUAAUUAUAAAAAAUAAUAACUAUCCACGCGUCUCUACUUAGCUAUCCAACACUCAGAUCGCUGAAGAUCGUAAAAUGAAGCAGUCAUGUGCUGCCAAACACCUUCCUUACGCAAAGAGACUACUCUGAGAAAGCAACUGAAUAUAAUUGCUUCAGUGUUUCACAAUGCGGUAGAUACUUUCCGUGACAACAGUAUAACCUAAGUGCCAUUAACAAUAACUCUUAGAAAGGCAGAUCGUGGUAAAAAAAAAAAGAAUAUACAUAUGAUAAGAGCAAACUUCAUGAAUGUGAAAAAAAAUUUUUCCACGACUGUUUCAGUCACAAUAAAUUUGUUGGCACGAAGGCCCAGUGUUGGUGAUGCCUCUGGAGUUAGCAAAAGGUUUAAAGAUGCCACCUGGGCAAAUGGUUGAACACGCCUCCAACAAAGGAACCAUUACAAGACAUCACACAGAAGGAAACAUUUAUACCGCGCGUCAUUAACUGAACCGAAGAACAAAAAAUAUCAUAAAAGCCCAGCAGCCAUAGCCCGCCCCUCUCCUGUCCCUCCACCGCCUCGCACCCCGCCUGGACCCCCUGCGCCCCGCCAGCCUCCUCUCCCACAAUCAGCUUCACUCAGAUCUCAGUACGUUAAGGCGGCGGCUCGGAGUUGCGAAAAACUGACCUGGCGGGGAGGAGCGGACGCUGUGAGCUCUUCCACCUCCUGCUGCCUCCGCUGCUCAGCUGUAUCAAGCAACUCUCAUUGCUAACAGUUUUUCUUUUGAUUCUCAGGAUAGUAAUGAACGGGAAAGAUAACAUUUCCCUGUAGACUUAGUGUAAGGAACUGAUUAUAACAUUUCUUUUAUAUCAGUACAAAACGACGAUUAGAAGACAAAGAUACUAAUACAGUGACUUUCAAACCGUGCAAUAUUGACCUUGUGGAGAUUACUUUCCACCUCGUACAAAAUUUGUACAACUUGUGACAUUUUUGUAAUUUGUUUAGUCCAUGAAUUCACGUCUUAUCCACUUAAUAACAUAUCAGAUCAACCCUAGCAAAUUUGUGUUCAUAACGCUGCAUGUAAAAUAACAAGAACAUGAGUUUCGUCAUAUCUCCUGACAAACGGGUGCUUUUCUGAGUCAUUCACCAGUACACCAAGUUAAUCUCGAUCUCUCAGUGUUUUCGUCACGGCUAUGUUGAUGGCGACGUCACAGUCUCAGAAGGAAGGCAUUGAGGAUCAGAUGGGCGAGGGACGGAGUGACUAGUACUGUUGAAGAGGACGUGAGGGCAAUCAAAUGGAGUGAAUGCUUGAUCUAUCUAAUGUUCCGGCGUCAGGGACAUUCUCGUGCAGUAUUUUCACUCUGAUAUAACGAAAAAUCCUUCUCUGUGUCUUGGUGUUGGCCAUUCAGCAUGCGCUCCGAUGUCUCACAAUGUUCACGUGUGCUGUGUUUACGUCAGCUAGGAUGGUAGUGCGUUGAAACCUUUAGUGCUCAAUACCUUCACGUUCCAAUCGCGUACUGUGUUUAUAUGUCUUGACAAUGCUACGAUAAGGCGUUUAUACUCUCUAUGUGUGUGUAGCAUUACCUGUCAUCUAUAGUGCUGCCUUCAAACGUUUAUCGUGUUCGUUCAUGUUUAGUGUGUCUCGGUGACUUGACGGAUGCCUGACUUCUUGGUAGAUUUAUUUUCCUAGCAGCAGCUCCGAGUUACGCUUCGGUGCUGUAGAGAAGCCACGCGCUGUAUAGACAUGGCUUGAGCCUCAUUUUAUUACAUUGUCCAUGGUUUUUCUGAUCUUAAGGUGACGAAUGGCGAUAGAAGGUAAUGAAUAGUAAGGGAAACUGAGGCAAAUGGGGCUUCUUAGAGAUAAAUUGACCGACCUGGUGAAUGAACGCUUGUCAAGGAGACUGACUGACCCGGUGAUAAAUUUAUAGUUGUGUUUAGUGACAGUAAUAGACGUGGAUGAAUGAGAGAGAGAGAGAGAGAGAGAGAGAGAGAGAGAGAGAGAGAGAGAGAGAGAGAGAGAGAGAGAGAGAGAGAGAGAGAGAGAGAGAGAGAAAUAACAAACUAUAGGGCAAGCUUUAGAAUUGGUGCCCAUAAGAAAGAGGUCUCCUUUAGCUCGUGAUACCCCAUGCCCUACUAAGAGGAUUUAAACCUAUAUGCUUUUGUUUAGAGAGAGAGAGAGAGAGAGAGAGAGAGAGAGAGAGAGAGAGAGAGAGAGAGAGAGAGAGAGAGAGAGAGAGAGAGAGAGAGAGAGAGAGAGAGAGAGAGAGAGAGAGAGAGAGAGAGAGAGAGAGAGAGAGAGAGAGUCCUAAAUGAGCAAUGCAACGCGACAGUGGGAGGAGAAGGACAAGGAAUAGAUUGGAAAAGAGGAAAAGGUGCAGGAGAAAGAGGAGGAGGAGGAGGUGGAGAAAGAGGAGAAAGAGGAGGAGGAGGAGGAGGAGGAGGAGGAGAAAGAGGAGGUGGAGGAGGCGAAGGAGGUGUUUCAUGGAACUACAAUUAUCAUAUAUGAAUAACGAGCAACAUGUUUUGAACUGUAAGGAUGUUGUUGUCUAGUUAUCUUGUAGAGGUGUCAAAAAACUCUUGUCACUAAAAGGCUGUCUCAUUAUUUGAACUCUUGUUGUUCUAAUUAUUGUUAUUAUUGUUAUUAUUAUUAUUGUUAUUAUUAUUAUUAUUAUGAUGAUGAUGAUGAUGAUGAUGAUGAUAUAAAAAGAAGAGGAGGAAGAUACCCACAUUCCACAUGAGGAUAGGAGUAUGUAAUACUAUUUACUGUUAUCUUCUUGUGUGUGUGUGUGUGUGUGUGUGUGUGUGUGUGUGUGUGUGUGUGUGUGUGUGUGUGUUCGUGGCAAUAUUUAUGUAUCCGACAGGUCCCUCAUACUGUUAGCGUGGAUCAGUUCUUUUACAAUGACAACGUGUACCCAGAUUUUCUUUUUUUCUUGUUCCUGCCACCCUUCGCCGCCUCACUUUCUUGUUCCUGCCACCCUUCGCUGCCUCACUGGCCCUGAAUUGUAACAGGGGUGAGAGCGAUGAAUGGAAGCUACUUGCGACGGUCGAAAAUAUAGCAACGAUGCUGAUAAAAAUGAUGGUAAUAAUGAUAAUGACGGUGAAGAUGACAACCACUGAGUAAUGUAAAAUGACAAAGUACCCUAACUGUCCUCUUCGUCUCAAAACAAAGGAUUCAGGUCACAUAAACAGAAGUAAUCUAUUGUUUAGCAUGUCUGUCAAAGUAUGUUACUACCUCCUUGAUGAUGCAUUUUGUUGUUAAAUGUAUAGGGUGCAUUUUAUAAUUGACCACUCUGUAAUUACACCUUAUUCUCCUACACCUCAACCUCGUCCUACCUAGUGAUACGCCCCUCCCCCUUCAUAUCCCUCUCACCUGUACUGUCUGUAAUCAGUCGUCGCAAGGUAAACGUUCAUGUACUUUAAUUGUAAGUCUAAAUGAUAAUUAUAAUACUUGGAGUCUUUUUUUACCUGAUCUGACCUGACCUGACCAACAAGUGUGUGUGUGUGUGUGUGUGUGUGUGUGUGUGUGUGUGUGUGUGUGUGUGUG